UUAUGUUCCAAACCCUUUCAGGACUGUCCAUUCUAUGGUAUGGCGGGUAUCAAGUUAGGAUUAUUAGACCUUCUUUCCAUUCUAUGGUGUGGCUUCUUGGAAGUAGGAAGUAGAGUACCAUAUGUCUGUCGUCUUAUGUUUAAUUAUAUUUCAAACCCUUUCAGGAUUGUCCAUUCUAUGGUGUGGCGGGUAUCAAGUUAGGAUUAUGAGACCUUGUUUCUUUUAAUCCUAUAGGCGAGAAGGGACAAGAAAUACGUCAAUUACUCAACACAGACAUGUUCUCCUUGUUCUAUGGCCUUUAUAAGUAUAUGUUCAGUAAGACAGAGUUUCAUGUGCUCAUUCUUGGGAUCGACAAGGCAGGGAAGACGACCUUGCUAGAAAAGUUGAAGACAGUGUACUCGAAUUCUGAAGGCCUCCCCCAUGACAGAAUUGUUCCAACCGUUGGACUCAAUAUUGGUCGUCUUGAAGUGUCGAAUUCCAAGCUUGUGUUCUGGGACCUGGGCGGGCAGAUCGGCCUUCGCUCAAUUUGGGAGAAAUAUUAUGAAGAAGCACAUGCUGUAGUGUAUGUAAUUGAUGCUGCUUGCCCUUCUCGUUUUGAAGAUGCAAAAUCUGCUUUAGAGAAAGUGCUUAGGCAUGAUGAUCUGCGAGGUGCCCCUCUUCUGGUGUUGGCAAACAAACAGGACCUUCCAGACGCUGUAACAGCUGAAGAACUGGGUAGAUAUCUAGACCUGAAGAAGUUGGACGAAAGGGUUUACAUGUUCGAAGCUGUUUCAGCAUAUGAUGGGUUGGGUAUCAAAGGAAGUCUAGAAUGGCUAGUUGAGGCAAUGGAACGGAGCAAGCGAACUGAAACAUUGAGACUGCGUGCAGGGAUGGCUGGUCCUGGUGUCUAGCAACACAAUCUAUUUUGGAAUCAAGAUGAGGAACCUUUCACCACCUGGCUUUUCAGUAGAUUCUGUAAAUAUGCUACAGAGGGUUACGCAGCAUCCUACUUGCGCGACGAGUGUACUAAUUCUGCCAUAGGAUGCAUAUUCUUUCGCAAUCCACUUCUCUACUGCAGAGAUGCAAGUUAGUAGUAGGGAAGGGAACAUGAUUACAUAAUCCACUGGGAAAACAUACGUGUAAUGAUCACUGGUUCAUGAUGUAGGCAUUUUGGCCUGGUGAGUUCAUAAUUUAGUCAUUAGAGAUACAGUGUUGGAAGAAAGUUCGAAACUUUUCUACCAUAUCAAUUUCUGCUUACAUUUCUGCAAAAGAUUGAAGCCUAGAAAUACUCAUGAAAUUGAACUGGCAAUUCAGAAAUAGCGAAUCAAAUCACGCUUCGAUUCCCCCAUUCGAUCUGUCUCCGGUCAGUUCUUAGAGCUAGUACCGCUGGCUCGUUCCUUCACGGCCGGUUCAGGAGGUUUGGAGAUUAGGGCCUUGGGUCUGGUCUUGAACAGAAUCUUGUGGCGUAUGACGCCGACAACGUCCAGCUCCACCUUGCUUGAGGAGUCGUCACCGUCAUCCGUGCGCUUGACUUUCUUCAGCACGGCCAGGGGCUUCUUCAAGGUGACCUUCGUUCCCGACAGUUCGUGAUAACCGAUCGUGAGAGUGUACUUUUCGUCGGAGGAAGGCCGGCAGAGGCGUCCGAUUUCGAGGUUCUGGAUUCCAUCUCGAUGGGAAGGCUGGACCUCGACAACGCCUUGCAGCUCCACGAUCGCCCAUUCCGGACAGUUCUCAGCGCCGCAGCUACACUUCACCUCAAUCUGCAUCUUCUUCUUCUUCUCUCUCUUCCUCUGUGUCUCAGAGUCUCUCUCUCUCUCUCUCUCUCUCUCAGUGUCUCUCUCUCACCCGCAAAAGCAGAAACAGCGAAGAGAUUGGCGGGAACCAAACCCCGGUUUCCCGCCAGCGAUUUGC